AUGGAACCAGAACAACUCUUGGCUUCAAGCCGCAUGAGCGAGCAUAAGCACUUAAAAAUAAUUGACGCUCUUGGUUCUGGCCACAAACCAGUCACUGCCAAUAUUACCAUCGAUUUCCAAAGCACGACAACGAAAGUGUCAACUUACUUUUUAGAAAACGAACUUCACGCAAGUCGUAUCAACUUGAGCCAACAUCCUGACAAAUUUCGCGACGAAAUCACGAAUAUCAAGGAAAACGACAACUUGCCCUUGCGUAUGGGUGGAAUUUCCUCCUAUGCCUACGGUCUCAUGAUGAUAUUCUAUCUCCAACAGAAAGGCUACCUGCCCUGCCUCCAGACAGCCUAUGUUGACGAUACAAAACCGAUCAUUCGCGAACACAAAGACUGCAACGCUUGGUUUCAGACUGACAGGGAUGUUGUCGUGAGUCAUCAUUCCUUCUAA